AGUGACAAAAAUUGACCUUAUUCCAUGGAGGAAAUUUCGUCCAAGUUCCCAAUUUGGAGUAUGUUGGUGGGGAUAAAUAUGUCCUUGAAAAUAUUGAUGAAGACAAGUUAAACUAUUUUGAGAUUUAGGACAUUGUAAAGGAGGAUAUGAAACUAGAAUUUGCAAAAUUAUAUUAUAGAAUUCCUGAAGUUGAUUUAGAGCAUGGAUUAGUAGAAAUUAAAUCGGAUGGUGAUGCAUUACAGAUUGCAUGGCACUUAAUUGAACAUGGCUCUGUACACAUUUAUGUUCACAAUGGACUUGGGCACGUUCUAUUUAAUGCAGCUAAUGUUAUUAAUGAGGUUAAUGAAGAUGUUGAUUUGGAGCAAUUAAGUUCUGAUAAAGAAGAGCUAGUUAAUGCAUUAAUUGAUGUGCAUUUGAUGAAUGAAGAGUUGGACCACGUUGGACUUGAAUAUAGGAAUGCAAGUGGCAUCAUUAAUGGUGGUGUUUGUGCAGAUAUUGAUCAAAGAACUCGAGAUGGGUUUUAUGUUGAGAUAGAUGUCUUGAAUGGUAUAGAAGUUCCAAUGACCCUUGACAAAGUGAGUUUUAAAGGGGAAAGGGAUUCAGAUUAUAUUGAUAGUGAUGAUCCAAGGGAAUAUGUCUCAAAUUUAGAGCUUGAAUUAUUUGAAACUGAUGACGCUAUUAGAGAGAAAAUAGUAGGUCCAGUUUAUGAUCCCAGCUGUAAAAUUCCACAUUUUGAACUUGGGAUAAAAUUUGAAAACCACUUACAGUUUAAGAAUGCUUUAUUCCACUAUUCUACAUACAAAGGCUUUGCACCAAAAUGGUUGAGGAAUGCUCCUGACAAGCAAAGAGUGAUAUGUAAGGCUCCAAAUUGUCCAUGGUAUAUAUCUACGGCUCUUCAAAAAAGGGAUGGUAGCUUCAAAGUUGUUGCACUUGUUAAAGAGCAUAUUUGUAUCAAGGAUAACAAGAACCCUAUGGUAACUGCCAAACAACUUGCAAAGCAUCACAACCAAAGAAUUAAAGCUGUACCAGGUAUUAGAAUACGUGAACUAAUUGAUUUCACAAGAAUUGAACUCAAUGCAUUGAUGAAGAAAGAUAAAAUGGCAAGAGCAAGAAGAGUGGUUCAUCAAGAAUUGGAAGCUAGGUCUACUUAUAAAGAGGAUUUCAAUGAUAACAUGGGCCACAUGAAGGGUUUGACACAAGUAGGACAUGAUGCACUUACAAGCAUAGAACCAAAGAGGUGGUGCAAGGCUUUCUUUAUGGCUCAUUCUAGGGACACAUAUAUGGAAGCAUAUAAGGAACCAAUAUAUCCUUCACAAGGUGGCAUGAAAAUAUGGUCACAAGUUGGGUGUGCCCCAAUGAAUCCACCUCCAUUUAGGAAGCAAGCUGGUAUACCUAAGAAAAAACGAACAAGACAUAAAGAUAAGCCUAAGAAGGUUAGCAAGCACAAGACAACAAUGUUGAGGCUUCCUAAGAAGGGUUCUAAGUGCACUUGCACAAUUUGUGGAAUUCAAGGACACAACAAACCAGCACUUAAUAUUGAGGAAACAAAUGCAUUGGGGAAGGAAAAAGGCAAGGGAAGAACCAAAAAGAAGGAAAAAACAACAACAGACAAAGUUGGAGCAAAGAAAAAUCGCAAAGGAAAGGUUGAUGUUGGAGGAGAAUCUGGUUAUAACACUAAGGAAAAAAAUUCACAUUAUAGAAGGAAAAGGCUAGUUGGUUAUGGUAUUUCAACCAACCAAUUUAAAGGGGAUAUAAUUUUGAAUCCUAGAACUCAUUUUAAAAUACUUAUAACAAGUGGAAGCCAAAGAGAAAGAAGAGGACCACAGCAAGGGUUUAGGGAGAUUAGACCAAGGUCUGAAGUUGGAGAAAGUUCUAAGCUAGUUAGCCGCAAAGAGAGGCUAAUAGGAAAUCAACGACAUCGAAGGAGAAAAGAAGAAGAUGAAGAUCGAAGUAAUGGGGAAGGAAUUGGCAGUGAAAAUUCUAGGGAUUUCGGCCCCCAAUUUUAUGGAAUGGGACUAGAGAUUGGCUGGGAAAGUUUAUGGAUUGGGUGGGCUGCUAUUGGCGGAGAAGCAGAUCUUGCACGGCCGGUUGUUGAGCGGAGAACAAAAGGAUCUUGCACAAAGAGAGGCCAGCUAUUGGGCGAAGAAGAAGAAGCAGAUUUUGCACAAAGAAAGACUAGCUAUUGGGGGAAGAAGAAGAAGCAGAUUUUGCACAGAGAAAGACCAGCUAUUGGUGGAAGAAGAAGAAGUAGAUUUUGCUCAGAGAAAGGGCAGCUAUUGGGCGAAGAAGAAGAAGUAGAUCUUGCAUGGAGAAAGGCCGGCUAUUGGGCGAAGAAGAAGAAGCAAAUCUUUCACGAAAAAAGGCCGGUUGUUGGGCAGAGAAGAAAAAGAAGAACUUGCACACAGAGAGGCCGGCUAUUGCAUGGAGAAGUUGUAGGGAUGGGGUGGGCCGUUGUUGGAUGGAAAACAAGACAUUGCACAAAAAAGAAGCAAAUUGAAAAUUCUAGGGAUUUCACCCCCAAAUCGUGGAGUGGGUAGGAAGAGGAGAGAUGGGAGAAAAAGGAAAGAUGUGGGAUUACAACCUGUUGUGUCCAAGAAUGCUUUUUAUUGUCUAGUUGGCAUGUCACAUAUUGAGGGUAUAACGAAUUAUAAUGGGCAUCAUGUUAGACUUAACGGAUGGUUAGGAUUCCAUCCAAUUGGGUCCUUAUUUGAGAGUUUGCAUGAGUUUGAGACCUUAAUUGAGUACAAUAAACGUUGAGGACUUCA